CAACACAUUUCCGAGGUUUGUCGUCUUUCACAGGAUGACAUCUUUUGUGAUUCCUCUCUGUGUUUUCUCGUUUACAUCGAUUUUCUUCUGUGGGGCCUCUCUCUCUGUAUCCUCCCUCUCUCUCUCUCUCUCUCUCUCUCUCCUCUCUGCAAAACAGUGGAGACGAGGAAGAAGAACGAGAUAGAGCGAAGGGUGCACAGCUCCAUUUAUGAAUCGGUGUUGUACGUAUAGGUUGCAUCGACAUGGGCAACUGCUUGGGCUCUCCUCAACAAGUUGACAGCUUUGUCGUUGACAAGGCCAACUCUGAAGACACAAAACGUCCAGAUAAGCCACCUCCAAUUUUGACUAUCCCUCCAUUAAGUGAAAGGGGUAGAAGUGGGAAAAUUCCGAGUCCAAGAUCCGAGGAUGAGAUAUUGUCGUCACCCCAUUUGAAAGCCCUAUUGUUUAGUGAGCUUAAGAAUGCUACUAGAAACUUCCGCCCUGAUGGUCUUCUUGGAGAAGGAGGGUUUGGAUGUGUCUACAAAGGUUGGCUUGAUGAGCAGGCUCUUACAGCGGCAAAGCCUGGAUGUGGAAUUGCAGUUGCUGUGAAGAAGCUUAAACCCCAAGGCUACCAGGGCCACAAGGAGUGGCUGUCGGAAGUAGAUCAUCUUGGCCAGCUCCAUCAUCCGAAUCUUGUAAAACUUAUUGGCUACUGCUUGGAAGAUGACAACCGGCUACUGGUAUAUGAGUUCAUGGCCAGAGGGAGUUUGGAGAAUCAUCUAUUUAAAAGGAGUGCGCAACCUCUUCCAUGGGAAACAAGGGUUAAGGUUGCCAUAGAUGCUGCUCGAGGGCUCUCUUUUCUUCACAACUCUGAAUCACAAGUUAUAUAUCGUGAUCUUAAAGCUUCAAAUAUCCUGCUAGAUUCAGAAUUUAAUGCUAAACUUUCGGACUUUGGAUUGGCAAAAGCUGGCCCCACUGGGGAUCAGACUCACGUAUCUACUCAAGUCAUGGGUACUCAUGGUUAUGCCGCCCCUGAGUACGUUGCUACAGACUUCAAACAAAAGAUGCCACCUGGAGUUGAUUCGAAACACCAUGUGGUAAAUAAAUCCAGUCGGUUGACAGCAAAGUGCGAUGUAUAUAGCUUUGGGGUGGUGUUGCUAGAGUUGCUUAGCGGGCGUCGUGCUGUUGAUAAAGAAAAGGUUGAUGUUGAGCAGAAGUUAGUGGACUGGGCGAAAUCCCACUUGGAUGACAAACGAAAGAUAUUCCGGCUUAUGGACACCAAGUUGGGGGGUCAGUAUCCUCGAAAAGGAGCUUUAAUACUUGCAACACUGGGGAUGAGCUGUGUAAACCUUGACUCCAGAUCCCGGCCUCCAAUGGAUGAGGUUUUAAGAAUUCUAGAGAAGAUCCCAUCUCUUAAAUGUGUGUCCGUAGGUUCCCCUUGGGAUAGACAAACGCUACCUAGUCCUGUUUCCAAAUCACCAAGACAACUUGACCUUCCUUCACCGAUUACCCCAUACCCCCGUGAAUCUCUGUUGCCAUCCCCCAUGAUCCCCACAGGAACUAUGAUUAUCGGGAGGUAGACUGUGAAUCAGGUGCUAGAAUCCUUUAGUUCUAUGCAGCAAGUCUUUUUCUUAGUUUCUCAGGGUUAGAAUACUUUUAUCUUGCUUCGAACUUGAGUUGCAUGGUCAAGUUGUUUGGUAACUUGUGGAAACGUCGAAUCUGGCUGAGGAAUGGAGGGCAAUUGAAGUGUACAUAUGUGAAUUGCCUUUUCAUAUGUCGGUAUCGAGGCAAGUCUUGGGGAAUGUGGAUAUAGACUCUUUUAACUUUAUAAGGCAAUGAGCAUCAGAAAUGUCACAGUUUCUUUCA